GGAGGCUUUAAAGCCUCUCCGGGCAUGACCAACAGAGAGCAUUACCCCUGCGUUUAGACACCGUUUUUUUGUCGGAAGUCAGUUGGAUGGAGCAGCUGAUGGGCGGGGGCGGUCCACGGGAGCGGUGAAGCGUCUUAGUGAGUGACAGUGUGGAAAAGAAAUAUGAGAGGAGAGUCUUAAGUUAGGAAUAACUGGUCUGUGGCAUUUAAAACAAAAAAUUGUAGCUCGGGCUUAUCUUAGAGGUAUAGAUCCGCGUUGCAGUGAUAAAAAAAAAAUCCGCAGCUCAUCGAAAUGCGGAACAGAAGAAAGUUGAAAAUGCCUUAACCAACUACGUCGGGUAGUCCUCUCUGGUUUGAGUGCAAUCAUGUAGUCUCGUCCUUUAGCCGAUGCGACGAGAAACACUUUGGAGAGUAGCUUGUAGUUUGUGGUGAACUCCAUCUGGCCGCAGAAGCAGGACGCAGGUUUAAUUUGCGCUCUUGGUUCCGUCCGCGCCGUAUGCAGCUCCUGCCACUCUAUCCAACCAUGGCACGACUGAGGAGGAAAGCGUGCAUAGCUCUGUUUCUUUUCACGCUGUUCAUCUUUGGGACCAUGAUGGGACUGAGGACCCUGAAGCCCAGUGACGGUUUCUCGGACUUGGCUCCGGGCUUGGAGCUCCUGCCGAUGAUCGGAGGAAAGAUGGACCGGCGCUCAGUGUCCCGUGAUGGGACCGCUUCCCCGGGUCAAGCCCGUCCGCCUGGCAGCAACGCCAAAGCCGUGUUGUCUAACACCGGCCCCGAGGGGACCAUAUUUUACGAUGUUCAUAUUUUCUACUAUAUGUGGUACGGCAACCCACAUAUGGACGGUAAAUACAUUCACUGGGAUCACAUCCUAGUCCCGCACUGGGACCCUAAGAUCGCAUCCAGCUACCCGAGAGGGAAACACAUGCCGCCCGAGGAUAUCGGCUCCAGUUUCUACCCCGAACUCAAUCCGUACAGCUCGCGGGAUCCGGAUGUGUUGGAGUCCCACAUGGAGCAGAUCGGAGCAUCCGCAGCAGGUGUUCUGGUCCUGUCCUGGUAUCCUCCUGGAGUAGCCGAUGACAACGGGGAACCUGCUGAGGAUUUGGUACCAGCUGUACUGGAUGCAGCAUAUAGACACAACCUCAAGGUUGCAUUCCACAUCCAACCAUACAGAGGACGAAACGAUCAGAGCGUGCAUGACAACAUCAAGUACAUCAUUGACAGGUAUGGCGACCACGGAGCGUUCUACAAGUUCACUACCAGCACAGGGAAGAGUCUUCCUCUGUUUUACAUUUAUGACUCCUACCUAACUCCACCCGAGUCCUGGUCUGAGUUUUUGACACCGACUGGCUCCCACAGCGUGCGCGGGUCAGCUUACGACUCCGUCUUUAUAGCCCUGAUUGUGGAGGAGCGUCAUAAGCACGACAUCCUGGCAGGCGGCUUCGAUGGCAUGUACACUUACUUUGCCUCCAACGGCUUCUCCUUUGGCUCUUCUCACCAGAACUGGAAAUCCAUCAAAGCUUUCUGCGAUGGGAACAACCUCCUUUUUAUCCCCAGCGUGGGGCCUGGUUACAUUGACACCAGCAUUCGGCCAUGGAACAACCACAACACACGCAACAGGGUGAACGGACGUUACUACGAGACAGCCCUGCAGGCGGCACUCAACGUGCGCCCGGAGAUUGUCACCAUAACAUCUUUUAAUGAAUGGCACGAGGGGACGCAGAUAGAAAGGGCUGUGCCUAAAAAAACUGUGACACGGGUUUACUUGGACUAUCAGCCACAUGGGCCUGAUCACUACCUGGAGCUGACCCGCCGCUGGGCCGAGCAGUUCAAUAAAGAAAAGGAGCAGUGGCUCAUGUGAGCUUUCAUCAAACUGACUUGAAACGGCACGCCGUAGUGGAAGCGUGUGCACACAUGAAAGAGGAGGCAAGAGAGCGAUUGAUUGAUAUAGUUUUGAGUGCAGAAGGACAUGCUGUUACCUUUUUUAAACAUGCUGGAUGCCAGAGGUCCUACAGAUGUGUGUGCAAAUUCAAAGAUAGGAUACAAAGUGUAUCAAAAACCCAGACUUAUAAAAUGCUCUGUGGGACUGUCUCUAAUCUCCCCCACACAAUUGGUAUGUUGAAAUGUCUGCCCGAUAAUUUAUUGUAUUUCUAAAUACAGUAAGCCACCAUCUCAUGCCCCUUUAUAUAGUGAAAUAAUAGAACUGAAGACACUGUAGUUUUCAUUUAUCCAUAACAUACAAUUUGACCCUUUACCCAGGUUCAGAGACUUGUCACUGUCACACAACAUCUCUAACAAACAUAUUCUUAUGAAAUGAAACAAAAAAAGUCUUUUUGAUUUUUGGAAAUCCUUUAAUAUUUGGAGCUUUUUGUUGUGAGAUUAAAAUCAGUAAAGAGAAAGCUGGAAAAGGCAGGAAAGAUGGCUUUGCAUAGAGAGAGAAAAAAACUGAAAAAGACAUAAUUUGUAAAGCUAAAUUUGGAACAUUAUAGCAUGUUAGCUCAACUUGUAAAAAGAACAGAACAUGACAGUUUCUCACAGCAGAUCCCCUGCAUCCAUUUCACUCGAUCUCUAACAUCUUUCUCUGUCACGCCAACCAUCUGCACGUCCUCCUGCCUGAAAGCAUCAAUCUUCAGCAUCCUUCGUCCAGCACAUCCACCAUCGCCUCUCUAACCUUGCCUCCACACUGAGAGUCACCCUGAUAUCCUCAUUUCUAAUCCUGUCCCAUUCUGCCAGUAAAAUCUUAACAUCUUUUACUCCACCUCCAGCGUGACAACUUACCCUUUCGUUAUUGCCGCUGUCUCUAAACCAUAUAUCACAACAGGUCUCACUACCAUCUCAUAAACUCUUUUACUCUUGCCAUCCUUCACCAACAAACUAACUUACCAAGAAUACUCAUUUCUGAUCUACCCAAAUAAAAUUGGGUAAUUUCAACCGCUCCUUUAUUUCCUGAGGCCUCUGGCACAGAUUUUACUCUAGGUACUAUUAACACAACCCUCCCAUUCAUCAGCACAAGCUUGUGAGUCCCCGAGGCUGGGAUUGUGUCUCCUCUUUGUCUCAAGCUGGGGAUCUUUCCCAUAUAACGUGUCAAGUACUACACCACAGACCCGAUAUCUACCCAAAUACAAUUGAAGAUUGGGUAAUUCCUAUAUGAAAAGACUUCACUGUAAGCAUAUGGGACUCUGCUUUUUUUUUUCUCCACUGAAGCAAGAAGUCAGGACAUGAAAGUCUAUGGCUCAAAGUGAUUGAACGCAUUAAUGAAUAUAAACCUGCCCACUGACUGGGGCACUCUGGGGCACAAUCUGUAUAGACUUGAUUAAGAUUCUGAUAGCUUUUAAAAUGAAAGGUUUCGCAGAGACAGGCGUCUUUGAGAAUAAAAGUGCGUUCUCUGAAUGAUCCGAAGUUGAUUUCCCUGUCCAGGUUGCCAGUAAGUGGUUUCUGCUCCUUUUUAAACACUUAACAUUGCUCUAUUGAUUUCACCCUCCAUUAAGAAGCUGUUUUGAGUGAAAAUCCAGACACCAGUGGAUAAAGACAGAAAUAAAUCUCAGAUAGCU